GCUCAGUGCCAGCGUGAGGGCUCGGGGACAGCGGGGACGGACGAGGAGGGACAGGAAAGCGUGACCGGCAGCGUGUGCCGGGGGAAGCGCAGAGCCCCGCUCUCCCGGCCCCAUAAAGCCCCCGGAAUCCGGCUGGGGCGAGGGGCCGUGGCAGGGCCCGUGGGGCUGGGGACAGGCUGGUGGUGGCCCGCGGCGGGGCUGGGUGGCUGCGGCAGGUGGCUCUGCCCCGGGAAGGGGAGGAGGCUGGCGGCACUCCCAGCCCGGCCGGCAUCCCUCCCCGCCGGCAGCGAUGCUCAGUCCCGGCUCAGCCUGGCAGCAGCGCAGGCAGGAAGGGCACACGAGCCUGAGGAGGACAUGGAUGAGAACAACCGGACGGAGACUUGGCACCAAAGCCUGCAGGCAGUGCUGAAUGCCUUAAACCAGACGCUGCACGGGGCCAUCCCCUGUGCUGGCGAGCCCCCGGCCAGCACGGCAGGGGCCGCACGCGGCGGCCACGCCGGCCACGCCGGCCGCAACGACAACGCCUACAUGUACAUCCUGUUCGUCAUGACGCUCUUCGCCGCCACCGUGGGCAGCCUCAUCCUGGGGUACACCCGCUCCCGCAAGGUGGACAAGCGCAGCGACCCCUACCACGUCUACAUCAAGAACAGGGUCUCCAUGAUCUGAGCCUGGCCCACGCCUUGUCCCCGGGGAGCCACUUGGGGUCACCUUGCAGUGCACACCCCGCUCACCUGUGGGAUGUGACUGUGCUGCUGGCCCCAAAGCUGCUGGGAACUCCCUAAAGCUGCUGAGAACCCCCCAAAGCUGCUGGGAACCCUCACCAUGGAGGAGCUCAGCCCUGGUGUGAGCAACGCCGGGAUGUCCUGGCUGGCAGGAGCUGGCAGAAUGUGACCUGCAAGCAGGUCCUGGUCCUGCAGACCCACCUCGGCUCCACCGUGGACAUGGGGAUGGCAGGGGCAGCUCCUUUCCCACUGUGGCCUGCAUGGGCUGGCAGGAGUCUUCAAGGAGAAUAUUUCCCCAUUUCCCUACUCAGAUCAGCCAGCGUUGACCUCCCUGGGCUCCCAGCAGGUGUGACAGGGGUUAGCGGGUUUUUCUGGUGCUGAAACCCUGUAAUGUUUGAGCUGGGCUGGGCCCUGCUUUUCUGGCAGGGAAUUAAAGGAAGUGGCGGGUUC